AACCGGGAAUCUGGUGUUGGCGGCUGCGCGGCCUCUGGUCAGAGCCAGCAGAGCACAGUUCCCAUUUGGAGCUGCAUUACAGCCUCCUGUUUGGACCGUAGGCGAUUAGGACUCUCUUAAACCCUCGCACUUUAUAUCCAAGCACCCGCAAAAUAACCAGGGCUGCAGCAACUCUGUGAACGGUUAAUUGGGGCAGCCAUCUUGUACAAAUGUUGGAGCUUGUUCAUUACUGUUGUCGAUACCAAGGAAGAUUUUGCGAAUGGGAUGAAAAUGAGUUUUGAAUUCUCUGCCAGCGAUUGAACAGGCUGAGCUGCUUCACUGAUUUGGUUGCGGAUGAUGCUUCCGCUGUGGAACUAUACAAUCUGAAAUUGCAUAACCGAGUACAUUCAGAAAAUCACCAUAAGUCGGAGUUCAUUAUGGAGAAAACUAAAGAUAAAGAUAAAAUUGAUGAACGGUCUAGAAUGACAAGGAGUGGUGGAAGAAGUGCCCAUAAUUCUGGUGUUUUAAUGGUUGGACCCAACUUCAGGGUUGGAAAGAAGAUAGGAUGUGGCAAUUUUGGAGAACUUAGAUUAGGUAAAAACUUGUACACAAAUGAAUAUGUGGCAAUUAAAUUGGAACCAAUGAAGUCCAGGGCACCACAACUUCACUUGGAAUAUAGAUUCUACAAACAGCUGGGAUCUGGAGAUGGAAUUCCUCAGGUUUACUACUUUGGUCCAUGUGGAAAAUACAAUGCCAUGGUGCUUGAAUUACUGGGACCUAGCUUGGAAGAUUUAUUUGAUCUCUGUGACAGAACAUUUUCCCUUAAGACCGUGCUUAUGAUAGCUAUACAGCUUAUUUCCCGAAUGGAGUAUGUCCACUCAAAGAACUUGAUAUACAGAGAUGUAAAGCCAGAGAACUUCUUGGUGGGGCGACCGGGGAGCAAAAACCAGAAUGUAAUUCACAUAAUAGAUUUUGGGCUUGCAAAAGAGUACAUAGACCCAGAGACAAAAAAGCACAUCCCUUACAGAGAACAUAAAAGCCUUACUGGGACGGCAAGAUACAUGAGCAUAAAUACACAUCUAGGAAAAGAACAAAGCAGAAGAGACGACUUAGAAGCAUUAGGUCACAUGUUCAUGUAUUUCCUUCGUGGCAGUCUUCCUUGGCAAGGCCUUAAGGCGGACACAUUAAAAGAAAGAUAUCAGAAGAUUGGGGACACCAAGCGGGCGACACCUGUCGAAGUGUUAUGCGAAAAUUUUCCAGAAGAGAUGGCUACGUAUUUGCGCUAUGUAAGAAGGCUGGACUUCUUCGAGAAACCAGACUAUGAUUACCUAAGGAAGCUCUUCACGGACUUAUUUGAUAAGAAAGGUUACAUGUUCGAUUAUGAAUAUGACUGGAUCGGCAAACAACUUCCCACUCCAGUUGGCUCAAUUCAUACAGAUAACGCUCUCACAACAGUGAACAGAGACAGUCAUCAACACAGGGAUAGGACACAAGCCAAAAAUCAGUCAGCAGAGCACAGGGGUGCUUGGGACACACAGCAGGCCAACCCCCAUCACUUGAGAGCUCACCUGGCAGCUGACCGACAUGGUGGUUCUGUACAGGUGGUUAGUUCAACAAAUGGGGAACUGAAUACAGAUGAUCCUACAGCAGGACACUCCAAUGCACCUAUCACAGCCCCAGCUGAAGUAGAAGUUAUGGAUGAAACCAACUGCCAGAAAGUGUUGAACAUGUGGUGCUGCUGUUUCUUUAAGCGGAGAAAAAGGAAAACUAUUCAACGACACAAAUGACUCUGGAAGCCGUCUGAUCAUGGAGAAUUACUUACUUGUUCAUCUGCUGUCUCUUCAUAAAUGGAAAAAAAAAACAAUCAUCUCUGCAGUGACAACAGACUUUAUCGAAGGACCUUUCCUUAUGUUUUUGCCCAGUAAUUUGGGUGGUUGUCUUAUGUGGGUAUUCUGUUUUAUUUAAUCAUCUUGAAACUCUGUGGCAUCGUAUAUUCGUGUGUUCAUAUUUGAGGUUGAAGGAGGGACCUUUUGUCAGGUAAUGUAUGAAAAACAAAAUUCAUGUGACUUCAACCAAAUCAGGCUGCAGUUUGUUUAAAGAAACACUGGGCUGAUUUGUCCCAGCACACGAAAUGCAAGAAAAUUGUGAAGUGCUUCAUGGCAAAAACCUCAGAAUGUUUACAGAUUGAGAAUUAAUUUUGUCCCUUCGGAGCUCCUUUGAAUUUAUCUGUAGUAAUUGUGUAGCCAGGUAUUUGGUCUGCCACGCUGAAGACCCAAGACAUGAUUAUUAUUAUCUUAACAACUGAAGAAACUAGGGCAAAAACAAAAUCAAAGAAAAUUCUGAAUUCUGCAAUUACCUUUUAUUUAUCUUUGUUGAAGACCUCUGCACAGAAAUUUCAGUAUUACAUUUUAUGCUGUGUGCACGUCUUUUUUUUUUAAGAAGCCACUGUCCAAAGGUACUGUGGAAAACAUUGGGUUGAUUCAGCAGGUGUUGAUUCGUGGCUGUUGCACUAUUGCAGUAUAUACAACAUGAGAUGGCUCUGGACAUUCGUGUGUACAAACAAUACCUGCUUUAUUUACCUCCAAACGGAGAAGAAAUGCAGUAGAAAGGGCAGCAUGUGCUUUAUUGUAUGAUAUUAUGAUAUGUUUGUAAAAUGUAAACUGUGCUUCCUGAUGUAUUGUUUGGACUGAUAGAAGCUGAAUGUUCUGAGAGCUCAUCGAAUGAAGGAGGUAAAAGAAUGUUGUGAUCAUGCCUUGAAGUAUGCUGUGGGGUAGAACGCGGACAAAACCUGUGAUGAUGGAUAGUGAGAGUGAUGAACUAAUUAACACACCAAAUGCUUUGGCCUAAAUGGAUUUUAGGCAAGGCCUGCCUAACAUUUUGGAUUGCCAGGUAACUGGAAUGCACUACGUCGAAUCCAUAAAAUAGUUCUUUGAGGAAAAGCUAAAGAAUGUGAAACAAAUGGGUCAGAUAAUAUUGCCUAUUGCAUUUAAUAGCUGUGGUACCCAAACUGUGCAGUUGUAUGUGAAGCAUUCCUUUCUUAUCGUAAAUACAGCUGUUCAAAGACUUUGUGCUGGAGGUAGGUCAGGUACUUUCUGUAGAAAUCCUUAAAGUGCCUGCAUUAGGAACAGAUCAGCUGUUCUACAAAACAUCUCAUUCUGUUUUCCGUGCUCUGCUCAACAGUUCGCUUCCACAGACGUUUAAAUACAUCACUGGGACUUCCAAUGUUGUGCAGUGUUUAUCAGCUGUUUUAUACAGGUUUUUAGUUCAAAUCUUGCGCUGGAUAUUCUUGACAACGUCGAGUUCUGGAUUAUGUCUGAUGCGAUGUAUUAAAUUCAAGUAAUACAUCGUAUGCAAACUUCUUUGCAUUUGAGUAGGAAGACUGGAAGAAAAGUUAAAAUAUUUUAACAUGAAACUGCAAGUCAUAAUGGACAGGGAACCACUUUUCUGUCUGCAGUAUUUGACCAAAUCUUUUUUCCUUGAAUUACUUAAUAUGUGUAAAUAAGUACAGUAUUAUUUCUGUACCUCCAUAAAUUUGAGCAUCUCUUUCAAUUUACUUUCAUUGGUAGGUUUUUUUUGCCUGUACAGUGUGCACAACAUGAUGUUGUCACAAAUAGCAAGGAAAGUGUGUUGUAUAUUAAUGUAAUUAUGGACUGUAAUCUUUACAAAACAAAACCAACCAUUUCCGGUUUGCUGAAAUGAAGACCAGUACAUCAACACAGGCUUAUUGGCCAGAUUUCAAGUGCUGCAUUUUAUGCUGGGAAGUAGUUUCCUUCUGAUAACGCAGUCUGGUCAUGAUUGGAAAAUGCAGCUGUGUUCAGUUUAGGCCAAUAAUUUUAUGCAGUCAUUGCUUUUCUGUCAAUACUAAUAAAGUGAACUCCGCCUGACUGUACAAGUGAUGUAAUACAUCCCUAUUUCCCAAUAUGUAACAGAUAAAAAUAAAAGUAGUUUUUUUUUUAAUUAGUCUCUCACUGUUAUUUAUCUCAAUAUUUAACUCUUCGAU